AUGACUUCCGUGUCCGAAGAACAACAGGACGGUGGGUCCGAAGUACAAAGUAUCGAUGCUCAAACUACGGCAAAAACAGACGAUCAGCCUUUCAAGCCUUUUACAGGACACGAAAGCGGUAUUAAUACCAUCUCAUACUCACCUGACGGCAAGUCCAUUGCAACAGGCUCAGGAGACAACACGAUCCGCGUCUGGGACGCCAAUUCGGGCAGACAAGUAGGGAAUACGAUGCGCGGACACACUAACGACGUCUACAACAUUUCUUACUCUCCCUCCGGAAACUCCCUUGUAUCUUGCAGCCACGAUGGCACUGUGCGUUUCUGGGACAUCACAGGUGCCGGAGGCGCGUAUGCAAAGACCCUUGGGCUAAAAGAAAGUCUAGUACGGGUUGCCAAGUAUUCUCUGGACGGGCGGUACAUUGCUACUGGAGGCAUGGACGAGACGCUCAAGAUCUGGGACACACGCGAGGAAAGGCUGAAGGCCGAAUACCACGGCCAUACCAUGUGGGUUUUCUCUGCAGCGUGGCAUCCAAGUGGGAAGCGACUUGCAACGAGCUCCAUGGACAAAAAGGUUCGCGUCUUCGACUUGACGAAGCCUAACGUGGUGUCUUUGCUCAUUGAGGGACAUCGAGACAAUGUCAAUUCAUUGAUGUACUCGCCAGAUGGAAACUUUCUGGCGAGUGGGGCGAACGACUGCACCGUGCGGCUAUGGGAUGUACCGACGGGGAAGGCCGUGAAGAGUCCAUUUCGAGGCCAUAAGCGCGACGUUAGGUCCGUGGCAUGGUCUCCUGACAGCACGCGCAUCGUCAGUGGCGCUGGCGACUAUACAGUUCGCGUCUGGGAUGCCAGUACUGGUCAAACUCUCUUCAACGGAGCUUUGUAUGCACAUAAAAUCGACAUACGGAGCAUUUCGUACUGUUCCGAUGGAAGGUUCUUUGCGUCAGCGGAUGGAAGCGGCCGAGUUCAAGUAUGGGACGCGCUUACAGGCAAACCAUCACUUCCUUUGCUUUCCGACGAGGAACUUUCGUCUUGCAAAGAAUCGGCAAGACAUAACAACGGAGAUGAUACGAGAGACAGUAAACCCGGAGAGAUGCGAGCUGGAGCAUCCAUUUCAGCGAUCGCGUGGUUUUCAGACGGCAAACGCUUCGCAACUGCUGGAGAGGAACCUGUUGUACGCAUCUGGAGUGCCAAUACUGGCAUGCAGAUUGGCGAGAUUACCGGCCACCAUGAAACUAUCAACGCAUUAUCCAUCUCCGCCGACGGCACAAAGCUCGCGACGGCAUCCGAUGAUCACACUGUCCUCCUUUUCGAUACACGAUCUAUGCACUUAUUGGUGGAUCCUCUCACUGGCCACAAGGGAGCAGUCUACGUUGUCAAGCUGACGCCUGACGGCACUCGAGUAGUCAGUGGAGGCCACGACAACACGGUGCGUCUGUGGGACGCACGCACCGGCAGAGCUCUCCACGUCUUUGAGACUCACACAGGCGCUGUGCGUGCGCUCUCUGUGACAAAAGAUGGGAGCAAGUUGGCAAGCGGGGGAGACGACAACUGUGUCUACGUCUGGGAUAUGCGAACUUUUGAGCGCCUCGCGGGACCGUUCCAACACGAUGGUUCUGUCCGUUCCGUGAGCUUUGCUCCUGACGGUUCGCGGCUCAUUAGCGGCUCAGACGACUUCACCGCCCGUGUUUGGAAGAUUGCGACUGGCAGCCUCGCAUUUGAUCCUAUCCGCGUUCAUGCAGGCCCAAUUGGGGUGGUCGAUUGGUCGCCAGACGGUACAACGCUAUUGACCGCAGGCGCUCACGACUGGACGAUAUGGACAUGGGAUGCGUCCACCUGUGAACGUAUUCUAGGCCCUUUAGAGCCGUUACACUUGGGUGAUGUCAAGAUAUUUACCUCUUUAGACGGCCGUGCCAACGGUAUCGCAGCCGCUUCCUUUUCUCCAGAUGGAAAGCGCUUCGUCAAUGGCUUCAUGGACCACGGGAUUCAUAUGUGGGAUACAGCCACGGGCAAGGUUAUUCUUCCAAAAGCUGAAAAGGACAAGAAUAAUGAGUCAGACUCAGGGAAGACGGAGGCGAGUAAACGUGACGGCGUGCAACGACAGCCUAGCUUAAGCGACAGUAUAAUGAAUAUGCCCGCAACAGUGAGUAGGAGGAAUCCAGCCUCAGCGUCCAGAAGCUUUUGGGACGACACGGACAUUGGUGCCCCUUCAAGAAGACAUGGUAAAUCAGAGAAUGGUAGAAAGAACACGAGGAACAGCGAUAAGUUGCAGAACAAGGGCAACAUUCUCGGGCGAUUUUGGCGGCAACGAGCAGACCAACCUGUCUCGAAAAUCAAGGGAAAGAACAAAGAACAGAUAACUGAAACCAACAGCCCCGGAUACCACGCGGAGACUCGUAUACUCGGGCCGCCUGCUACAGAAAUAUCCGCAGCACACGACAAGCUGCGUGUGGUGGCGGCAGGAUAUGACCCGCGUGAGAGAUUCCGCACAUGCGCCGAGCCAGAAUAUGACGACGAGAGAGACUCGCCGACAGGCUCGAUGAGCCCUGUUCAGCCGGAAGACGGCUCAAGUAGUGACGAUGAGAGCGAGCAUGGACUGGUCAAGACCACCCUACAUGUCAACAAUUAG